AUGUCUACCGCCACCGAGACUCAACAACAUGGGUCAAUUGACCCCAAGAAGGAGCAACAGAAAGGUUCUAGUCCACACGAGCAACAACCAGCAAACCCGACAAACAAGACCCCCGAUGAACAUCCUCACAAGAUCAAGAGGAAAUUGGUCCGAGCACCACCAAACGUUAAUGCUCUCAAGUACAAAAUUUGGUUUGCUGGCCAUGUCACAACAUUGGUCUUUGGUACCAUUACUUUUAUUUUCCAAAUCUUGUGGUUGCCAAACAAAUUCUUUAUAAACUCCAUCUCGUACAGAUUAGCACUUUUGGGUUCGUUUGCCGCAUUAACAGCAACAUUUAGUCACAAGUUUGGGUUGCAUUUUCUUCCACCAGUGGCUACCUUGUUGAGCCAUCAGAACUUCCAAUAUAUGAUCUUGUCUAUUGUCUGGUGCUUUACAUUCAAAUCAAUUUUUAAGAUUAUUCCAUAUUUCUUAAUUAGUUUGCUCCACAUAUCCAAAAUUAAAAAUAUUAAAGCUGUUGAAAAGCAAGCACCCUUUUUGGCUUCAAUUAUAGCUUAUGACGAAUUGGUCCUUAUAGUUUAUUUGAUUUUGAGAACGUUGUUUUUUAGAAAUGCCAGUGGGUACCAGUUGACAUUGUUUUUGAUCUUUUACUGGUUGAGAAUCUUGUUCAAUGCCGAUACUGGAAACUUGUUUGUUGCUAUUGUUGAUAGGUUAGAUGGCGAGGUAAUGAAGAUACAGAACCCCAAAGUGCAACAUUACUGGAUCAAAACUAGAGAAUUUGUGAAGCAAAAGCAAUAUCAAGAACACCACGAGUAA